ACACACCCUUCAAUCAGAAGCCACACCAAAACCUCAUCAUCCGUAGCCUUCAGAACUAACAUACAUCACCAUCAUCAUAUCAAAGCCUUCCACUUGAAGCUGAGUCAUCCAUGGAGUUAGACCAUGCUUUGGACUUCGAGGACUACUUCCCUUCCAUGAUUUCGCGCCUCGGCGCAGAAGGGUUCAUUGGGGAGCUUUGCAACGGCUUCAGUCUACUUAUGGACGCACACAAGGGGUUGAUCACGUUUGAGAGCUUGAAGAUGAAUUGUUGCUUACUAGGUUUGGAGGUGAGGGAUGAUGAGCUCUUGUGCAUGUUAAUGGAAGGUGAUUUGGAUGGAGAUGGUGCCCUAAGCCAAAUGGAAUUUUGCAUUCUCAUGUUUAGGCUUAGUCCAUGCUUGAUGGAUGGAGAUGCACCUAAAUUGUUUACUCAAAAUGUUGAUCCCAUGUUAGUAUAAUUUAAUGUAAGUGUUAUUACUUAUUAGUAUCUGCUCUAAUUGAAUUGUGCUAGCUUCUAUAUGUUUAUUUUCAUUAAGUUGAAAGGAAGAUUUGUAUUUGUUUAGAUAUAUUAUAUGUAUGUAUGUAUAGUAGAGUAUUUUUUAUGGUCAUUAAUAAGGAAGCUUCCAAUAAGAAAUUAUUGAUGACUAUCAAGAAUACUUUACUAAAAUAGUAACUUUUUUUAACAACUAAUAUAUGUGAAGAGUACUCAUUUUACUUGUAGUGUAUGUUAUUUAGUGAUAUAAAAUUUUCAUCUUUCAAA